GAGAAACAGAGAUGAACAGACACGCACACACUCACUCUCACUCACGCCGGUAAACACACAGACACUUUAUACACUGCAUAGUUACGCGCACGCAGACAACUCUGGCAUCACGUAAGAGAAAGGACUUACUGCUUUGUCUACUUUGCAAGCUUAUAAGAGUUUGGACACUGAGGUCGUUCGUACCUCCUGGACAAGACUCUUGCUGGAGACGGAGAAGAGCAGAAGACAUGAGGACAAACUGAAGAGAAAGCAAAACAAGAUCCAAAAUUACAACAAGAAAAAGAGAGGGCAAAGAAAGUGAAAAGAAAAAAAAAGAGCAAUACGGGAGGAUUUUUGACAACACAGCAGCAGAAUGUCCUUCCUGUCUGGUUCAUCCUGGCGACAGCCUGGUGUUAUUAGUGGUGGCAGCGGGUACGGACAACCUUCCAGUGGACAUCAACAGCAGCAGCAGCAGCAUCAACAACAGCAGCAACACAAACCUCCCAAUGCUCUCUCUGCUGCCAACAUCCCCACGGUCCUGGCCUCCUCGAUGCUGUCACCUUCCAGCACGUCCUCUGUCCAGCACAGUGACUGGCACUGCCAAGGCCAGAUGGCACCAGGAGGGCAACUUCCUGCCGACAAUACCCAAGUGGGCUCCAAAAUAACUUCAGCAGAUGAUGAGGCGAUGUCGGGGAGAAGCAGGACAGAGGGGAGGUUGUCUGGGGCUACAUCAGAGUCAACGGCCACUCAGAGCUUCAACAUGCCAGCACUGAAGGUAGAGGACGACGGAUCGAGAAGGGGGAGGCUGAGGGAGGAUGGACACAGGUUGGGAGGGGCAGGGGUUUUAUUAGGGAGUGCGGGACAGAGCCCAAGCAGUCCCCUGUCCUCUUACUCCUCCCCUUCAUCUUCAGUACCCUCCCCCUCUAUUUCACCUGGGAGAUCAUUUCCUCAGUCUGUGCCGGACUGUAAAUCUACCACAAACCCAAACAUUGGACAAAGUGAUACAGGCAAAGAUGGAUUAUACAUCCAAGGGUAUCAAGUGGAUUCACAAGGCCAGUGCUCCCAUCCUGCUCCUGGAGAGAAAAACACACUGAGCCCUUUCUUGACUGGAGAUACCAGUUCACGUCUAGAAAAUAAAGCGGACAAUACUAACUGUGGGAGCCUUCUGGGAAGUCUGAGAGAAAAUUCAGCGCCAUGUCUGAGUGGCAAUCAAACCCUGAAGCCAUCUUUAGGAAAGCAAAGUGUUGAUUCUGAACCUGCUGCUCCUCCUGCUGCUGACCUGACGGGGGGUAAAGCAGCUGCCACUGCAGGGCCCAGAGGCCAACCACCAGCCUCAGCGAACACAUCUGAUCUUAAUGUCGGAGGGAAGAGUGCUAUGGAGAAAGAAAAUUUAACCCUCGCUGAUAAGAAGGGGAUUGGGGCAGAUUUUUCACCUAAUAGGGACAAACCGGAGAGUCGGGUCACAAUCCAUGACGUGUCACUGGGUUUAAACCGCGCUAAUGAUGGGAAACCUAGCCAAGGCAGCGAAAUACCACAGCGAACUACAGUGCGACGUGCAAUGUCGGACUGCUCGCACCUGUCUGUUCCCUUGGUGAUGGCUGGAACGUACCCCACCAGUAUUGGAGGCCUGCCACUGAUGACGCCCAAUGUACCAGAUUUUACCGUGAUGGGUUUAGCAUGUCCACCGAGGGCACCGUACCCGCACGUCGCUGUCCGACGCUCGUUCACUCUCAUGGACAGUGCAGAAGCCGCCGCUGCCGUGGCAACAAUGAUGUCGUCUCAGUUGAUGACAUCGCCUGUUUUGCCUUCAUCCCCACCCCCUAAGAGGCAUAGUGGGAGCUGCGAGACCAACUUUUUACUUACUGUUCCGACCCCUGCAGGGCAGUCUGUGAACAGCAACCGGGAUAACCCACUAAGCACAACAGUGAAGUCUGACAACAAGGACAAGCAGGAGAAGAUGGAUCUCAUGUCCGGCAAGACGGAGAAGAUCGACGCCUUUGACAAGAAGGACAAAGACGAGCAGCAGCAGAAGAAAGACAACACAGCCGACAAGAACCAGAAGUCUGACAAGAUUCUCAAAGACGAGGAGAAGAUAGAGAAGAUAGAGAAGAUGAACGUGGAGAAGAACACGGCCAACGAGAAGGCGGAGAAGGUAGACAAGCCCGAAAAAACCAACAAAGACGAGAAGAAGGAGGAGGAGAAGAAGCCGGCUGAGAAGAUGGAGGAGAAGGGAGGGAAAGGCCCCGCCAAGCCGUUGACAGGCAAUGGCAGCAAAACUCUGCCGAGCCCUGACAGCAAGAGCAAGCCUGACACGGGUCCGGCCAAACCAAACUCCGCCAAACCCCGUCCAUCCACCCUCUCCACCAAUGGUGAGGCCACCACGACCAAACGCCCCUCCCCUGCCCCCACCUCAGCCAAUAAAAAAAGCCCUGUACCCAAGCAGACCACACCCAAUGCUGCCAAGCGACCACCAAUGGCAUCCGCCAAGACUCCAGAAAAUGGUACGGCUGAGAAACGCCCACCUGUUCCAAAGGCCACACCCACACCACGUGCACCUGCCACUAAGAACGGCUCCUCCGCGGCCACUGCGAGCAAAGCUGCCGCAAACAAGAAUGACAAGGCUGAGAGCAAGACGGGAGACGCCAAGAAACCCAAGACUCCAGCUCGUCCUCGCCCGGCCUCCUCCACCACUCCUGCCACUCCGACUCCCUCAACGAACGGGGACUCCAGCGCUCACCGCCGCCGCGUCAUCACCAAACCCCCCGUGCCAAAGCAGGUCCCGCUGGAGAAGAAGCCGCCGGUGCCACGCACUAACCGGACCCCACGUCCCAUCAACGCCCCGACACCAGACCUGAAGAACGUCCGCUCCAAGAUCGGGUCCAUAGACAACAUCAAGUAUCAGCCCGGGGGAGGAAAGGUUUCCUCCACCCAGAACAACAAGACAUCAGACCCCAGCAGCGCCACUGCCACUGCCGCCAAGGCCAAAGUUCAGAUAGUGCACAAAAAGCUGGACUUCAGCCAUAUCACGUCUCGCUGUGGCUCCAAAGACAAUAUCAAACACGUCCCCGGAGGUGGCAAUGUGCAGAUCCUGAGUAAGAAGGUUGAUGUGAGCAAGGUCACCUCCAAAUGUGGCUCUAAGGACAACAUCAAAUACAAGCCAGGCGGUGGUGAUGUGAAGAUUGAGUCUCAUAAGCUCAACAUUAAGGCAAAGUCUAAGAUUGGAUCAAUGGACAAUGUGGGAGAGCAGACCAACGGACACAAGGAGGAGAAAGCAGAGGAGAAGACAUCUUCACCCCCAAGUAGCGCUCCAGCAACAGCACCAGCAGACGUUGCUAAGGCAACAGCACCUGCAGGUGUUGCUAAGGAGAACGGGGCGAAGGAGGCCACGCCCACUCCUUUUGGGGGAGACGGACUGAGGGAGCCCCUAAGCAUAGACAAACGCAUCACUGAGACAAAUUGAGUCCCAGUGACCUGUGGAUUCCGGUGGGACACGCAUUUGGCGUUUGUCGACCUGCCAAUCAACAGACCAACCUACCUACCACAGCGCAGUCACUUCCCUCUGGCCCCGCCCCCUCAUCUUUGCCCACCACAGCAACAAACUGACCGAUCACCUCUCAGUGUUUCUCUGGGGUCCACCUGCCAGCUUCCCACUCCCGACCUCUCAACAUCCCCGGGCUGACCUUGGGCCUUGCCUGUAACAGAGAUUCUGCCGUUUGUGCGUUUCUCUACGUGGGGGUUUCCACUCAACCGAUAAAAAAACAAACAAAAAAAAAACCACCUCGUAAGCACUGAUUUAGAGGACUUUAACCUCAAUUCUAACAACCCAAACGCAAUAAACCCACACCAUCAUAAUCAUAAUGAGGUAUUAACUAUUUUCAGCAUAGUUUUUCACAAAAUAUUUCCACAAAUGAGUCUAAUUUUUAUGUUUUAAACAUUUCUACAUGUGGCCCAAACACAAUUACAAAUUCACUUUACUCUUUCAAUGUCAUUGCCCCUCCUCCAUUCCCAGUCCAUGCCCAUUUAGCUUUAGACCACACUAACCAGGCUGAGGCUUGCUGCCAGCCAGCAGCGGGGCAAAGACUGUCAAGUCUGCUUCAAAUCAACACAUUCCAGCCUCCCAGGCAGCCAGCAAUUAUCUAAAUCUACAGUAUCUACAGUACUGCACGAUGUCUCAUUAUAGAUCAAUUAGGUGUUAUCUCCCAAUACUUAUGUUGGUAUCAUUGCACCGGUUUUUCUCCUCUAGAUUAAUUGAAGUAAUGCUUGUUCAGAACAGAGAAGAUACGAUAUAAGGAUGUCGGGGUAUUCUUCCCGUGUUUCGUGAAAGGAUGUAUUCGGGUGCUGAGGAGGAAAAAGCUACAAAAGAUCUGAUGAUUUUGUGAUUAGUGCAGGAUAAUCAUGAGGGUGGGUUGGCAUGAAGGGAGAGGGCAUCAAUUACGUUUCUGGAGAGGCCUUGGCUUGAAAUGGACUUGGCAGUGAACACAGUAAUCGGAGACUGCAGCCAAAUAUUUUUUGCGAGGCUGAAAUGACAGUGUGAGAUGACAGCGUUUGACCUUGACGCGGUGAACACAGAUUCAAGCUGUGGGAGUGAUUCUAACACUUCAUCAUUAUAGUGUUAAAUCUUGGGAGUUAAACUGCGAGCUGCACCUUUUAGUCAAGAAUACGGGAGCCCUGAGGCACAGUAACAAAUUGUACUAUAUGUUGCACUUUUCUUGUUGAUGCACUAAUGUCACAAGCUGCUUUUUAAAGGUCUUUCCAAGGUAAAAAUGGCCAAAGGUUCUUGUAACUUUAAUUGGUAAUUAGUGGUUUGUGUCAUGUGGGCAAAAUAAGUAAAACGCAAAUAUAUUUUUGCGUUUUAUUUGAAUGAAACUUGAUACAUGAAUUUGUGCUGUUGACCGACGGCAAGCCUUUGAAACCCCGCUGGCAUUUGAGGGAUGAGAAAGCUCAAGAGUCCAAUAUGAUGGAAGCUUUCAUAUCUUCUUAUUUUUAUUCAUCCAUGUUCAUUCAAAUCUCCCAUUACGCCAGGUAAAGUGAUUUUAAAGAAGGAAAAAAAGAGGUUUGCAGACAAAAGCAGUGUUUCUUCUUUGUCCUGCUAGCACACUAUCAGCGAUGAAGCUGGCUAAAACAGAGAAGAUUCAGAGAGCUGCUGUGACUUGACUAGCACUAGCUCAAUAUUAACGAUUCGUUUGCCUGCUGUAGUAAAGGAUCACCAGGUAGUCCUGUCUGUAGCUAGUCCCUGUAUCUAUUGUUGUGCCACUUUCUGGUUGUGACAGGGCUUUAAUUCGUAAAGUAUUUUUAUUUUAUUCAUACAUCAGGGUAUCAGUCCAAACUACUGUGGAUGUUACUGUUCAGUUUGGCUCUAUUAAAAUAUAUUUAAACAACAAAAAGCACCUUAUAUUAAAGCUGCUGUCAGUGAGGUCGUCUUUUGGCUAACUUCCUGUUCCUGUUAGCAUUCCCCCUCCCUCCUCCCAACGUCACUUGACAAACGUGGGUAUUGGGUAAAAUGUUCUGGGAUACUAGGAAAAAGUUUCACUUAGAUUUACUCUGCACUUACACCCUACUGUAUGUAUGGCUUCAUUGUUUGACAGCGGGCAUGUCUGACACUCCGUGCUGGAGGAGGCUACCGCAAGUUAGCAGAGCAGCGUUAGCAUGGCUGAUUUCGUAGCAAGAGCUGCUAAUGUUGCUAAAGCAGUGUUUGUUUGCCAUUUUUUGGUGCAUUCUGUUUGACAUAAACACUGGCAACGGCGGGAACAGCCGUGUCCAAGAGCUUACUAGUGUCUGUGCUGGAGUAUUUGUGCUGGAGAAAUACUGACAUUUCUCAACUUGUGCCACUUGCAGUGUUUCAGCUGACGCCUCCACUGUGUAUGUAGGAGUGUAGUGUUACUGUCAACAGACCCAAGUUCAGUGACAGCUGUCUAUUUAACACAUGUUUUAACCAAAGGAUUUCGCUGUCAGCAGCUUUUAAAAAGUCUAACACUUACAAACCCGCCAGUGUUUAUCUCUAAACCAGUUAAUGCCACAAACGUCCACUCUUUUUUAGUACGUCUGUUUUUGCCACAGCACAAUCACCCACCACAACACACAAAACACUGUUAAGUGUCUCCAACAGUGAUACAGUCACACCAAACCUGUUAUGAAUUUGUCCAUCCCACUCAUACACAUGAACUCCCCAGUGAGUGGAGGAGCCCCAGCAGUCAUGCUGAGUUGUGUAGUAGUAUUUAUAGUCUUACAUACGGCUGAUAUGUAGACAGACGGACUGACCACAGUGUCCUCCACAUCCAGGUCAUUUUGUUGUGGGCUCAAGUCUUAGAACUCACUCUGUUAACUUUCUGUUCACACACACUCUCUCAGACACACCUUCAGAAAAGUAAGCACAGAUCUAUACACAGACACUCCCAGUACACUCAUUACGACUGCCUAAACAAAGCGUUAUCCUGAACCUAAACCAUAACCUUAACCCGACCACUAUCCAUCUCACCCCCUAAACUUAACCAUGCUGCAUUAGGACCAGAUUUUUGUCUUCAAGAGGACUUCUGGCGCUGACAAGGUCAGUGUCUAUGCCAGAAAAGGUUCAUAAGAGGUAGCAAAUACACGUACACACACAAUUCUUGUACAGCACAUUCACAGCCCCUUAUCCUAACCCUUAACCUCACCCUAAAACCAAGUCUUAACCCUCGAAAAGCCCUUUAAAGUUAUGAGGAUCUGCUACAAUGUCCUCACAAAGAUAGGUUUGAAUCAGAAUUUAUCCUCACGGCCUCCUACAGACAUGUACACGCAUUAACAAGCACACACUACACAAAGCAGCAGCCUGUAAUAGAAGUGUUGUACUGCUUAUCUAUUGUAGAAUGAAAUCAACUCUUUUGUAUCGUGUGUUUCGGUGGUCGCCGCUGACGCUGUUAAAACAUCGAUGAGCUGUGUCGCUGUGUCGUUCCCGCCAUAGUCAUUGUCGGACACGUGCAUCAUAGGCUUUGUUGCCGUCUAUUUCCUCCUCCUCCCCCCACGGUGUUUUACUCCAACAUUGUUGACAGCAAUACAGCGGUCAUAGUCGAGAACGUCUGACGCAUACUCGGGAGGGACGGACAGAGAACGAUCGCCGAGGUUUGAUGCGUUAGAAGAGCCACAAGUUCACUUACAGGAAGAGCUGAAGUCGGAAAUUUUUCUUUGCAGCUUGUAAAUGAUUUUACUUAUUUAUUGAGUAGAACUUAUUAAAUGCUACCACCACCAACUUAGACAUGUGAAGAAUUGACAACUGCACAGCAGUUUCUAGUUAUUAAUCUCUUUGGCAUAAUACAGUAUUUCACCAUUGGUGUCGUGUACAUAAAUACCUAAAUUGUCAAGUUUUUGUUUUGUUUGUUUGUAUGACGGGAUAUACAAAAGAAAACGUGUUAAAUAAAUAAUCUUCAGGAGGUAGCUGUGGGCAACUGGACUUGCAUCAACUGAAGAUGUCGAAAGUUCAAAAUGUGAUGAUUGCAGCAGUAUUCCUGUCCUGCCAGGAAGUUCUUUCAUUUGAAUGAUUCAAAAUGCUUGCGAAAUUAAUAGUUAAUGGGGGAAAUUACUUUGUAGAUGUAGGGAAUGUUAUUUUUGCUUAUUUCUUUCACUUGUUAAACGUCUAAAAUGACUUGGCAGAAAUGGAGAGAAGGUGUGAUUCUAAAGUCUGUUCGUAUUAUUUAAGGAAAUCACCUUGUUUUGGAACUUAAUAAGAUUCUAUGAAAAUGACACUGUGAUGUGACUUUGAUUUACAGACCAGAAGCGUUGUGAUGUGUCACAUUGGUAGAAAAAAAGAAAAAGAAAGAAAAAAAGAAAAAAAAAAGAAGAGUCAAAGCAGCCAUCUACUCGCCGCAAUUCUAUGCAUUAUGAUGGUCUCCAUUGAUACUAUGAAGGAUUUGGUGACACGUUUGUGACGUGUCUCCUUACCUGUCAGAUGUGUGAAGUGUUGCAACUGCAUCCAUCCUGUAGAGGGCGCUGCUUAGCCUCUGGAACACUGAUAGUCUGGCUCCGACUGACACCUAUCCAAUCGACAAAAGCAGAUAGAGGAAACCUUAUAUCAAAAUCCGUUGCGUUACACACUGUUCUCAUUCAAACUAGCUUUGGUGGCCACGUUAUAUUAUUGUGUCUGGAACUUUACAGCUAUUUAAACUAUAUGGAUGUACAGCCCCCCCCCCCCCAAAGUCCUGUGUGCAUUUUGAAUACAGUCCCGACACACUUGAUAUAAGCCGUGAUAUAAGAGUUGCUCAUAUUUAAUAUUGUCCUGCUCCUUGAAGUUGUUCUAAUGAGUUGCCUAACAGUGAAACAUUGCAGUUAAGCGAUGUGAGUGCGUGAGUCAUGUGUGAAAAAUGUCCAUGUGAAUCGUCAAGAGUAGAGGAACAAAAGGGAUGGAAGGUCUUCAGUAGAUGAUAGGCAGUGGUUUGUAUUCAUAGAAAUAGGACGUUCAUGGGUUUCAGUGGUACUUUGGUUCAUGGUGUUGUGCUGCUGGUAUUGAUGGUUCAACACUGAAGUCUCCAUUGACUGGUUUCUGAUCUUCGGUCCAAGCUGUUGGAGUUCCAGAACAUUUCAUUAGUGGCACAUGUCACGAUCUGAUUAUAUAAUAGUUCCUGCUUUAAUGGUAAGAUUUAAUAUCAUUAGGUUUAAGAUGAGAUUCAUGCUUUUGGAUUCAGAAGUCACCAGAAGUAGGCAUAAAGUCAAAAUGAAACAACCCGAUUUACUCAGAUAAACAUUUGCCAAAAGUCUUGAUUCCCCAGUUUUAACCGUGAAUACCACCCUUCCACUAGUUACGUCACACUGACCCUUGUUUACAAGCAAAUUUAGCGUCAAACAAAAUGUGAAUAAUAAUAAUUCCAGAACCAUUGUAGUUACGACAAUGUUUUAUCAUUCCAGAAGUAACCUGAAUAAAUGAAAAUCAAACAAAAAAAGAAGGAAAAUAACAUACUUCCUAACAGGGUGGAUACUGACAAAUGAGCUUAAACCUGUAAUCUUUAAGGUUAUUACUAAUAAUGAUAAUAACAAUAAUAAUAGUAAUAAUGAUAAUGGUAUUGUUAUAAGAUUGAAAGCAUAAAAAGGGAAAAAAAAAUACUUUUUAUUUUUUCAGUCUGCCUUUUAUUUCUGCUAUGAAAAAGGGCUGCUGAAGCUUCAAGAAUGUUUGAAAAAAAAAAUGUAUCAAAGAUGCAAGAUUAUGAAAUCAUGGAUGAGGUCUGUCUCUGUUCUGUUAUAUGUAAUGCUUUUUACCAGAUUCAUAGUGCUGGGUAGAGAGGGAGUCUGUGUGUGUUAGGUUUUCAGAAAUUGUUGGUGUGAUGUGUACGAGAGCUGACAGUGGACACACACCAGCAGCCCCCUUUUCUUCUGCCCACCACCAUACCAGUUAGAUUAAAACAGUAACGGGACUUAGUCUUUUGGCAUGUGGUGUAAAGUAAUGUUCUGUAUUAGACCGCUCCUACGUAGACAUCUCGACCUACCUACCAACACAGGACUGAAGUACUGUAAAGGGGACGUUUUGGACCAAAUUAUCUCCUGAAAAGGUCAAUUUAUUGUUAAAUUGUGGACCAAAAUUACAUUUUGAGCAUAUUUAUAUUUUGAGUUUGACAUGUCAAGCUAAUCCUAGUUAAAAUGAUAAUAAAAUGAAUGAAGGAUAGUGUUGGUAGAUAUGUACUUGGAGCCCCUAAGUGUGUCCCACACCUACAGCAGUUUGUCAGCAUCACAGCAUUGAAAAGUAGAUUUCUCUGUUUGCAGCUAAGACCAGUGAAAUCGACAUUCCAAAAAAGAAAAUAAUCUAGAGCUUUGUUUAAACUGUAUUGAACUGUCACAGUAUUAUUAUUAUUUGUAUCUUUGUAUCUGUGCUUGUUUCAGCUACAUUUUACAAAUCUGACACAUUACAAAUUGAGAGUAAUCUACUCCUCAGUCCUGUGUACUGGAGUGGAUCCACUGUAGUGUGAUGUAUUGUAACUGUAGGGCACAACACCAUAGCCAGAGCAUGCAGACGACAACAAACAAGCAAACUGCUGAUUGUUAGAAGCAUUUGUCCUGUUAGAUAGAGCUGAUCUCUCCCUGCAAUUCUGAAUAUUUGGUAUGAAAGAGAUGUUCCUUGUGAUUAAUUGUUAACCUGUGAUGUGAAUAUUAAUCAUGAAAUAAUAAAAAAAAGAUG